CCGCCAAAUAGCGAGUUUUGGCGGGCUGCGGGUUAGCCCGCCCGCCGGCCCGUUUUGACAUGUUAGAACUUAGAACACGCACUGGGUAUAGAAUACAGAUCCUCUCAUCUAAAAGAUUUAUAUAUAAUGGUUCUGUACUAAAAGGGGCUAUUUCAAAAGGCUGAUAAGGAUUGAUUACUCGUAUUAGUUUAACUAGCCAUGAAAAGUCUGGGAAGAUUGGCGCACCGUUCAUUUCUACUGAGCAGCAACAAUGGCGGACUGCUAUCCAAACCCUUAACUUCAAUCAAACCCGCUUUGGGGACAUACAUAAUUCGUCGUUUCUUUUCAUACUCUUCUUUUUCGACUCAUUUGUCCGGUUCAACCUUGCUGAGCUCCUCUGCACGCCCAUCUCAAUGGGAUCAUUUCAAAGGGUUGGGGAGAGGCUUAUGUUUCCUAAUCAUAAAUUUGUAACAACUUCAGCUAUGACAGGGCAGAGGAGGAACAUAUUUAUCCAAACGCAGUCCACUCCAAAUCCUGCUUCUCUCAUGUUCUUCCCGGGGAAGCCAAUUAUGGAGAAUGGAAGUGCUGACUUUCCUAAUGCGCGUUCUGCAAUGAGUUCUCCGCUGGCAAAGGCUCUGUUCGGCAUUGAUGGGGUUACCCGGGUCUUCUUCGGAUCAGAUUUCAUAACAGUGACAAAGUCGGACGAAAACUCAUGGGAUCUGCUAAAACCUCAUAUUUUUGCAGCCAUAAUGGAUUUCUUCUCAUCUGGGCAGCCAUUGAUCUUGGACUCAACAACUGUAGCCUCGAUGGACACAGCCAUACACGAGGAUGACUCGGAAACUGUUGCCAUGAUCAAAGAGCUUUUAGAGACUCGUAUUCGCCCAGCAGUGCAAGAUGAUGGUGGGGAUAUCGAGUAUGUGAAAUUCGAGCCAGAAACUGGAAUUGUGAAACUCAGAAUGCAAGGGGCGUGCAGUGGGUGCCCAAGCUCAUCCGUCACCUUGAAAUCCGGGAUCGAGAAUAUGCUGAUGCAUUAUGUGCCGGAGGUGAAGGGCGUGGAGCAAGAGUUUGAUGGUGAAGAAGAGGAUAUAAAGCUUACUGGUGCACCACAUGAGUAAAUUCGAAUUCGAAUGCUUUUGGUGGAAAGGUAUGUUGUGUUAAGUUGUGAAGGUUAAAAGAAUUUGAGUUGUUUUGAUGCAGUAGACAAGUUCAACAGCCUUUUGAGGGUUUUUUUUUUUUUUUUGNUGGCUUGGUUUUAUGAUUUUGUUGCUUUCCUUUGGCAUAGGUGAGGCAUCAUAUUGGUAAAAAAAGACUGGAACUCAAGAGAGUACGAAAUAAAAAAUCUAGUAAUUUGGCUUUGAUGUUACGUUUCAAUUUGGUAGAUUCCUCCUUUGAGAGGGAUGUUUGUUAAUGUCAACUUUUUCUUCACAUAUGAAUUCUAGACUCCAAACCUGUCUUCAUGAAUUGCUUCUUCG